AUGACUAGAGUUGCCGCGCCAAAUCCGCCACCAACAAGCGGUGGCUACUUCAUCGCGGGUCCCUCGAGUCCACAGGACUUCGUGCCUCCGUCGGCUUUCGUGGAGCAGAAGCCUGAGAAUCUGCACUUCGAGAAGUUCAGCAGCCCUCCGGCGUUGAAGGAGAAUUACAGCUCGCCAUCGCCACCACAUGGACUUAUUUCUCCGGGGACAAGUUCUCCCACGAUUGCGCCAAUCGAUCUCCCUUCAACGUCGACGGCGGUUUGCUCUCCGUCGCCUGAAGUUCUAGAAAGCAAAGAUGACGUUGGUGAAGCGACUUAUGUGUCACCGAAAUGUGUCGUGAUAAAGUACUACAAGACCGACGUGGCGUCAGUUCUAGACGACCACUUUCAGAAAGCUCUGGCUCAAGCCGGAUUCGGCGGACCUAGUCGAAGAAGUGACGACGAUACGAUGGAUUCGAAGCCACUCUCGCAACGAAAUCUACCGCAGAGCUUUUUCUGUCCUCCGAAUCCUCAAUCAGUGGCAGCCUCUUCUGGCUCCUAUCCGCCAUCGCCCUCAUCUACGUCAUCCUACCCACAGGCUGGUCCGUCCCAGGCCAGUCCUCAAAUCCGAGCGUCGCCUUCCCAGAUGAACGGACCAUCGCCAUCCCAUUUGGCGUCGCACAGCGGACAUCCGUCUCCGUCGUACUUGCCGCUUCCCUCGACGUCAUCGAAUCAGUCACUGACGGACUUCUACCCUCCUCCACCGACGCCCAGCUCGAAUGAUUAUGAGUCUUGGUCCCAUUACGUCCACGGAUAUCGGGCGGCUCAUUUGAGUCCACAGGAUCUGCAAACGUACGCCGUAGCUGCCAAUCGGCAUCAAUUCGCUCAACACCAGGUGAGCAAGGAACCCUUCCCGGAGUCCCCGAAGUCCCCGAAGUCCCCGAACGAUCCCCCGGCGAGCCCAGAGCUCACAUAUUUGACCGCAGAAGAACCCCCUCAGGUAGUUCGAAUGAAGAUGUACAACUCAUUGCUGAAUCUCGGGAAUCAACAACAGCGCGCAUCUUGCUCGGCCGCAGUCCUCGGCGUCAACGAAAAAGUAAUGGAUACUUGGGGACAAUCAGUCGCCCGGUACCACGAACAAAUUCAAAUGAACAUCAACAUGAGCGGCCAUCCUGUGGCCAUCCAAGAACCCUAUCCAAGCAACUACGCGCAUCCCAUGAGUGCCGCCAUGACGGGUCUCGAAGCGACAGCUGACACCAAAGACAUGUACUGGUUCUAG